AGGGAAGUGUUGCUCCCUGGAACCGGCUCUGAGGCGGUGGCUUCAGGAACGGGCCCGGCGUACUUGGACACCCCUGUCUGCUUCUCCUCGUCCUCCCUAGGCUGGGGGCGACCGGCCACAGCUGCAGCGGGUCUGGUGCGUGCGGCCUGGCUUCCAGGUUAUUUCCCUUGCACUACAUGGUCUCCCGGCCAGGGUGUUCACUUGCUGUUUCUGCGUCUCCUUCCACGUCAUUGGUUCCAGGAGACGAAGAAAUUUCUCCUACAGGCUGUCAUCGAGAUCCGUACGACCUCUGUACCUGUCCUUUGCCAUUCCCAUUCCUUUGCUGCAGAAUAAGCACGACCCAUUUCAAGUGCCAAAGCUUUUAAGAUAGAAUGUGGCAAGAAUUUCUGAUACAGUUUUCAUAAGAUUUUUUGUAACACCUUGAACAUGAGUCCCACACAGUGGGACUUCCCUGUGGAAUUAUGUUGUCGGCCUAUGGCUUUUGUUACUCUUACCGGCCUGGAUGUGGUUUAUAAUGCUGUCCAUCGAGCUGUCUGGGAUGCUUUCUGUGCCAAUCGGAGGGCUGAUCGGGUGCCCAUUUCUUUCAAGGUGCUCCCAGGUGACCAUGAGUAUCCCAAAUGUAGACCCAAGAGAACUUCUUAUGAAUGGUACAUUCCGAAAGGGAUCCUAAAGACUGGCUGGAUGAAUAAGCACCUGAACCUGGUGCCAGCCCUGGUGGUUGUGUUCUAUGAACUGGACUGGGAUGAGCCCCAGUGGAAGGAAAAGCAGUCAGAGUGCGCUACCAGAGUGGAAAUAGUCAGACAAAGUUUACAAGGGAGAAACACGAAAGUUGCAGUGGUUCUGAUUCAGAAGAAAACCCCUUUGCCCCCAGGAGAAGAUGUUAUUGCUUCAGAACGGGCUGCGGCUCUGUGCAAUGCGUGUGAGCUCUCGGGGAAGUCUCUGUUUGUGCUGCCCCACACUGACCACCUUGUGGGCUAUAUUAUAAGAUUAGAAAACGCCUUUUAUGAACAUGCACAGACUUAUUACUACACGGAGAUCAGAAGAGUGAAAUCUCAUAAAGAAUUUUUGAAUAAAACAACACACCAGCUUCUGUUUGUUAGGCAUCAGUUUAAAAUAGCAUUCUUCAGUGAGUUGAAACAAGAUACACAAAAUGCGCUGAAGAAUUACAGGACUGCCUAUAAUCUUGUACAUGAAUUGAGAGCCCAUGAAACUAAUAUUCUAGAAAUUAAGACUAUGGCAGGAUUUAUAAACUACAAGAUCUGUCGGCUGUGUUUUCAGCACAACACCCCAUUGGAUGCAAUUGCUCAGUUCCGAAAACAUAUCGACUUGUGUAAGAAAAAAAUCGGAAGUGCGGAGUUGUCUUUUGAGCAUGCUGCCUGGAUGUCCAAACAAUUCCAGGCCUUUGGAGAUUUAUUUGAUGAAGCUAUUAAGUUAGGGUUGACAGCUAUUCAGACUCAGAAUCCUGGUUUCUACUACCAGCAGGCAGCAUACUAUGCCCAGGAGCGGAAACUGCUCGCCAAGUCCCUCUGCAGCCAUGAAGCUUCGGUAACCUAUCCCAGUCCCGACCCCUUGGAAACACAAACAGGCGUUCUUGACUUUUAUGGACAGAGAUCAUGGCGACAGGGAAUACUAAGUUUUGAUCUUUCUGAUCCUGAAAAAGAGAAGGUGGGAAUUCUUGCCAUUCAGCUGAAGGAGAGAAAUGUUGUUCACUCUGAAGUAAUAAUAACUCUUCUGAGCAAUGCUGUUGCACAGUUUAAGAAGUAUAAGUGUCCAAGAAUGAAAAGUCAUCUAAUGGUUCAAAUGGGAGAGGAGUAUUACUAUGCAAAGGAUUAUACCAAAGCUUUGAAGUUGCUGGAUUAUGUAAUGUGUGAUUAUCGGAGUGAAGGGUGGUGGACUCUGCUCACAUCUAUACUGACCACAGCUCUCAGGUGCUCCUACCUCAUGGCCCAGCUCAAAGAUUACAUUACAUAUUCCCUGGAACUCCUUGGAAGAGCUUCAACUCUGAAAGAUGACCAGAAAUCUCGGAUAGAAAAGAAUCUCAUCAAUGUUUUAAUGAAUGAAAGCCCUGAUCCUGAACCCGACUGUGACAUCUUAGCUGUGAAAACUGCUCAGAAGCUGUGGGCGGACCGCAUUUCCCUGGCCGGCAGCAAUGUUUUCACAGUGGGAGUGCAGGACUUCGUGCCGUUUGUGCAAUGCAAAGCCAAGUUUCACGCCCCGAGUUUUCACGUUGAUGUUCCUGUGCAGUUCGAUAUUUAUCUGAAGGCUGAUUGUCCACAUCCCAUUAGGUUUUCUAAGCUCUGUGUCAGCUUUAAUAAUCAGGAAUACAACCAGUUCUGUGUAAUCCAAGAAGCAUCCAAAGCGAGUGAAGUUUUAGAAAAUUUGACUCAGGGGAAGAUGUGCUUAGUCCCUGGUAAAACAAGGAAGUUCUUAUUUAAGUUUGUUGCAAAAACUGAAGAUGUGGGAAAGAAAAUUGAGAUCACCUCUGUGGAUCUGGUUCUGGGCCACGAGACAGGAAGGUGCGUGGUUUUAAACUGGCAGGGAGGAGGAGGAGAUGCUGCUUCAUCCCAGGAAGCCUUACAGGCCUCACGUUCUUUCCGAAGACGACCCAAGCUCCCCGACAAUGAGGUUCACUGGGAUAGUGUCACCAUUCAAGCCAGUACAAUGAUCAUUUCCAGAGUUCCAAACAUUUCGGUACAUCUGCGACAUGACCCUCCUGCCCUGACGGAUGAGAUGUAUUGUUUGGUUGUAACUGUUCAGUCCCAUGAAAAGACCCAAAUCAGAGACAUGAAGCUCACUGCUGGUUUAAAACCCGGACAGGAUGCCAAUUUAACUCAGAAAACUCAGGUGACUCUUCAUGGAACAGAACUGUGCGAUGAGUCCUGCCCGGCUUUGCUCACUGACAUUCCUGUUGGGGACCUACAUCCUGGGGAGCAGCUGGAAAAAAUGUUGUAUGUUCGCUGUGGAACAGUGGGUUCCAGAAUGUUUCUCGUGUAUGUUUCUUACCUGAUCAGUACAACUAUUGAAGACAAAGACAUUGUUUGCAAGUGUCACAAGGAUGAAACUGUGACAAUAGAAACCGUCUUUCCAUUUGAUGUUGCAGUGAAAUUUGUUUCUACAAAGUUUGAGCACCUAGAAAGGGUCUAUGCUGACAUCCCCUUUCUGUUGAUGACGGACCUUCUGAGUGCUUCACCCUGGGCCCUCACCAUUGUCUCCAGCGAGCUCCAGCUUGCUCCCUCCAUGACAUCUGUGGAUCAGCUAGAGUCCCAGGUGGACAGAGUUGUCUUACAGGCUGGAGAGAGCGCCAGCGAGUGCUUUUGUCUUCGGUGCCCUUCUGUUGGGAACGUUGAAGGUGGAGUAGCAACUGGGCAGUACAUCGUCUCCUGGAAGAGGACCUCAGCCGUGGACAGCAUCCCUGUCGUCAGCACCAUCAUCACCCUGCCACACGUGGUCGUGGAAAACAUUCCUCUGCACGUGAACGCAGAUCUGCCGUCAUUUGGACGGGUCAGGGAAUCGUUGCCUGUCAGGUAUCACCUGCAGAAUAAGACUGACUUGGUUCAAGACGUGGAGAUCGCCGUGGAGCCCAGUGAUGCCUUCAUGUUCUCGGGUCUUAAACAGAUCCGAUUACGCAUACUACCUGGCACCGAACAGGAAAUGUUGUACAAUUUCUACCCUCUCAUGGCUGGAUACCAACAGCUGCCAUCUCUCAACAUCAACUUGCUUAGAUUUCCUAACUUCACAAACCAACUGCUCAGGCGUUUUAUACCUACCAGUAUUUUUGUAAAGCCGCAGGGUCGACUCGUGGACGACGCCUCUAUUGCCGCUGCAUGACGUCAAGACGGCCCUGGGCUGCCCUCACAGACGCCGGACAGAGGUCUAUAUGUUUUUCAUUCUGAACUGUAGCUUUGAUUAUGGCAAAAAUUAAUCUUUUCUAUUUUUUAAUGGAUGUUAUACCAACUAUCAGAGGAACUCGUGCAUAAAAUAUUAAGAAAGUCUAUCCUCUGUGACAGUUUCACUAAUAAAUACUUGAAAUCUGCCGUUGCAAUGUGAGAGGCUGUCAGACCAGUGUUGUUGAAAGUCAUGCUAUGAACAGUAAAUUCUUUUCAGAGUUGGUGAUUUGCAUGUGCAGUAGUGUCAGGAAAAGUAAGCAUCCAGGUGUGGAUGGACGGGGAGAGGGAGAGGUACCAGGCUUGGCCCGGUGAGGUCCUUCGUCCCCAGGAGUCCCCUUCGGGGUCGGCUACACUGCAGAUGGUCCAUCGUCACAAACUCAGUGUGUGCUCAGGACACAAACUCAAGAACUUACAAGCAAUUGCAUGAUCCGGAAACUUCCCGAAAGCUUUCAUCGAAGCGGUCUAAGACGUACCCUCGCUUACCAUCAAAACAUGUCAGAUAGGUUCCGCCCCAGCCAGAGUGGCCCCUGCACGGCGCGGGUUUCUGUCUGUGUUGUGACGUCUCCGUGUGAGGGCCUGGGUGCAAGGAUCUGAUUGUCAGCAGAAUUCCCUGAACAAAAAGAUUUUGAAAAACGUAGAGUCCGAAGAAGAGCUUUUGUUACGCUGUGCAGUUUAAAAAGAGCCAUUUAAGGCCCUUAAGACUUCGUGUAAAUAAAAAUCAUGUGAAAAUUUUCUUUGUUUAAAUAACUUAAGCCCACCUGAUUUCCUGGGAUGUUUGUUAUUUAAAAGUGUAGGGGCUGUAAAAAGGAAAUAGCCGUGUAAAUAAACGUGCUCCCUCCA